UCUAAGUGUGUGCCUGUGUGUUCAGUAUGAUGGUGUUGACUCUCCAGUGGACAAGGGAUUAAUGCCACACAGCAAGGACUCUCCUUCUCCCUCAGUGGUCCAUGGAAAGAGUAGUUAAGACCUCGAGCGGUUUAACUGAGCAGGUUAUAAUCCAGAAAGAGUCUAUUUCCUCAGAAAAGCCAUAGAAAUUCCAGAGCAGAUUAACUAACAAUGCGUAGCAAAAGCACUGUUUCUUUUGGCUGUUGUUAAAGGGAACUUUUUAAAUAUAAUGUAACAUAUUGAAGUGAAUGGUCUGAAUGGACUCCAUGGAAUCUUGGUCUCUCUCUGAAAAAAACUCUUGCUGUGAAGGCUGUGUUUGUUCACAGUAGGAUGCUUGCUAAAAUCUGGACUUUUCUUCAACAAAGGCAAGGCUGGUGCAUAACGGAAUCUAUAUAACAGCUUUUGUGUCUCAAGUGAAGUAUUUGAUUUAUUUUGAAGUCAAACCUUUUAGAUGCACUUUGUCCAGAUGUUCUAUAAUGGGAACGAACAGGUAUGUUUACAUCUCUGCUUCCACUGGAUAUUCUUGUCUGAGGUAGGCUACAAGUCUCAUCAAGUGGAGUAAAACAUUUUUUAAACUUGUUUGUUUAACUUGAGUGUUUUUACUCGCUGGCAUUUUUAGACGUGUUACAAAAGAAGUUGAAGAGGAGAAUCACAUUCCUUGCUUCAGCAACUUCUCUUCUCAAGCAAACCCACUUCUAGUUGUGUCUCACAGCCAUGGCCUUUGGAGACCUUCUAGAACAGGUGGGCAGCACAGGCCGCUUUCAGGUCCUGCAUGUCACCUUGCUCUGUAUGCCCAUCCUUAUGAUGGCCAGUCAUAAUCUGUUGCAGAACUUUGUGGCCUUAGUACCCCCCCACCACUGCAGUGUCCACAGGAACCUGUCCCUGUCUAGUCUGAGCCCGGAGCAGGUUCUGCUGCUCACCGUGCCCCAGGACAUUAAGAACAGCAGGCCGGAGAGAUGCCUGCGGUAUGCUGCGCCCCAGUGGCAACUCCUGUCAGAGAAUGGGACCUACAGUCCAAAGGUGGAGCGAGACAGUAGUAAUGAUACUGAUGACCUUCUAGAUGCAGAGCUGCAGGGCUGUAAAGAUGGAUGGGAGUACAGCAUGACAGAGAUGAGCUCCACAAUUAUCUCUGAGUGGGACUUGGUCUGCGAUCUUCGCUCGUUGAAGCAGAUGGGACAAACCAUUUAUAUGGGAGGGGUGCUUGUGGGAGCUGUAAUCUUUGGGGGACUGUCGGACAGAUUUGGACGGCGUUUCCUGCUGCUAAUCUCCAACCUGUUGAUGGCAGUGGGAGGGACGUGUGCUGCCUUCUCCACCUCAUUCUCCGCCUUCUGCCUCUUCCGCUUCAUCACUGGCAUGGCCCUUUCUGGCCUGGGGCUCAACUCCUUCUCUCUCAUUGUGGAGUGGAUUCCCACAAGAGUGAGGACAGUGGUGGGUACAGGGACAGGCUACUGUUACACAAUGGGUCAGCUGAUCCUGGCAGUAGUGGCCUACUACAUUCGGGACUGGCGCUGGCUAAUGCUGGCUGUCUCCGUACCUUUCUACAUCACCUUCCUCUACUCAUGGUGGUUCCUGGAGUCUGCAAGAUGGCUCGUCCUGACCAGAAAGUCUGAGCAAGCGGUCAAAAAUCUCAAAACAGUAGCCCGAAUCAAUGGACGCCGUGAAGAGGGUGACAGAAUCAAUCUUGAAAUGCUGCAGGAUUCCAUGAAGAAGGAGAUGUCCUGCUCACAGGGCUCCUACUCUGUAGUGGACCUGCUCCGCACGCCCACCAUGAGGAACAUCACCAUCUGUCUCAGUGCUGUCUGGUUCUCCACCAGCUUCGCCUACUAUGGUCUAUCUAUGGAUCUGCAGAAGUUUGGCGUGGACAUCUACUUGAUUCAAGUGAUAUUCGGAGCGGUGGACAUCCCUGCCAAAGUAGUGGUUACAGUGUCCAUGAGUAUAUUUGGGCGCCGGCCCUCACAGUGCGCUGCACUCAUAUUGUCUGGAGUCACCAUUUUGAUCAACAUAUUGGUGCCAUACGAAAAACAGACAGUGCGCACCACUCUAGCCGUGCUGGGUAAGGGGUGCCUGGCCGCGUCAUUCAACUGCUGCUACCUCUACUCUGGAGAGCUGUACCCCACCGUCAUCCGGCAGAAUGGCAUGGGCUGGGUGUCCAUGAUGGCUCGUGUAGGAGCGAUGGUGGCCCCCAUGGUGCUGCUCCUUGGGGAGGCUGUCCCGUGGCUGCCUGGCUUCAUCUAUGGGGUAGCCCCCAUCUUAAGUGGGGUGGUCGCCAUCUAUCUGCCAGAAACACUUGGUGCACCGCUACCCGACACUAUCCAGGAUGUGGAUGAGAGAAGUUGCAAGAAAACAAUCCCCAAUGCCUCGCCCAAGAAGGAGGAGCUGGACAUGAAAGAUACCAAUAAAACCCUGUUCAAGGAAACUGCCUGAAGACUCAUCAAAUGUUACUGACCUUGCCUGUAUAGUCUAAAUAGAUACUGCAGUUGCUUGCUCUACAGUUUUUUUUCACAAAGACUGUAAUGAAGCAAUCAAUAUUGUAACUGGUCCACUGGUGUAGGAGGAAAUUACCAUGAUUUGUUUGGAAGACUGAUGAACUAUGAGCAAUGUAGAAUAAUGAAAUGAUCUGCUGUGGUCCGCUGUGGUCUGUUUAACAUUUAAUAUUUCAACAGUAAAACAUGAGUUAAUAGUAGAUUGUGAGUAAAUAUAUAUAUGCUACAGUAUAUUGUGUAUUCUAACUACAACUUUAUUUGCAUUUUUCUAUGGGCCAGGCCUAUAUUUUUAUGUUCUAUACUAGUAUGCAUUCAUUAAAAUAAUGACAACCUUAUCCUCACCUUCUAUCAGUAUGAUCAGUAUGAAUGGUCUUAGCCAUGUGGCUAUAUUGUUUGUGACUGUGGCACAAUUUCCGUUACAGUCCAUGAAACUGGUCAUCUUGACUGGGCAUGGUAUUUGUAGCUGGAAUCGGUUUGUGUAGCUUAGGCCUACAGUAUAUCAGGUAGAAAAUAAAAUGUCAGAUGUC